GAUGUGGCAAUCGAUGAGAAGACUCGGGUUCCGGAUGUGGAGUACCGACAGAUCUGUUUGACAGACACUAUCAAUGAUGACAUUCUGACACAUUUCCCGGAAUGCCAUCAAUUUAUAGGAGAGGGACAACGGGUGGGACAGACAGUGUUAGUGCACUGUCGCCUCGGAGAGGGACAACGGGUGGGACAGACAGUGUUAGUGCACUGUCGCCUCGGUAUCUCUCGCAGUGCCACAGUUGUGAUCAGCUAUUUGAUGGUCAAGUAUGGUAUCAAUUCAAAUGAGGCCAUUCGUCGGGUCCGCAAACAGCGGCCAAAUGUCAAACCAAACCCUUAUUUCAAAGAACAGUUGGAACUCUUCGGAGAAAUGGGAAACGUUUUCAAUUCAAUGAAUCAGAAAUUUCGUCGUUUUUUACUCAAACGCUGGGUAUUUGUUUGGCAGAAGAAACUAUUGACCACUCAAACAGAGGCAGACAUGUCUAUCGUAGAGAAGUACUUCAACGUCGCUAAUCCCGGACCACAGGCAUCUCUCGGCACUCCCUAUCGGUGUCGCACUUGUUCUCAACAACUCUUCAACGAAAUACAUGUCGUCAAAGAUCUUGGACUCAAUAACUCUCGAGAGGGACAACGGGUGGGACAGACAGUGUUAGUGCACUGUCGCCUCGGUAUCUCUCGCAGUGCCACAGUUGUGAUCAGCUAUUUGAUGGUUAAGUAUGGCAUCAAUUCAAAUGAGGCCAUUCGUCGGGUCCGCAAACAGCGGUCAAAUGUCAAACCAAACCCUUAUUUCAAAGAACAGUUGGAACUCUUCGGCGAAAUGGGAAACGUUUUCAAUUCACUGAAUCAGAAAUUUCGUCGUUUUUUACUCAAACGCUGGGUAUUUGUUUGGCAAAAGAAACUAUUGACCAAUCAAACAGAGGCAGACAUGUCUAUCGUAGACAAGUACUUCAACAUUGCUAAUCCCGGACCACAGGCUUCUCUCGGCACACCCUAUCGGUGUCGCACUUGUUCUCAACAACUCUUCAACGAAAUACAUGUCGUCAAAGAUCUUGGACUCAAUAACUCUCGUUAUGUCUGUAACCAAAUCUAUACAGAACCGCAACAAUGGAUGAGCGAACAGAUCUAUGCGACCACUAGUGGUCACAUAUUGUGUCCAAAUUGUAUCGAAUCUUCUCAUAUACAAUGGUAUACUUCCCAAUAG